GCGGAACGUUUCGAGUUCUGAAAACCCAAAUCGAAACGCGAUAAAUUGACGAUAAAUUGACGAGAAAGUGAAAUUGACGAUAUAUCACGAUAUAUUAAAAUAUCGUGAGAUUUACGGGAUAUAUUGACUUUAUUGCGAUAUGUUGACUCUGUGCCGAGAAAAUGACCAAUUCCGGGGGUUUGACACAGGCUGCCGAGACUUGGGCUCAUUCUGUGGUGCUAACUGCUAAGGCCCAGUUAGGUACCAGCUCGAUCGGCCCAUCAUAGCCUUUACCCUCGCGCGCCAUCAACCCAUCUCACAUCUAAAGUCUAAACUGAAGCAGCCGUUCUUCCCUAUCUCCUCGUUGGCGAAAAAAAAAAACGAGAAGCCAUAACCAGGCAUUCUUUCGUACGCGUUCUGUUCAUCUUAACUUCCUAAUUCCCAUUGUUCAACGGCGAAGGAAAGAAAACGCUAGUUCUCGCCAGCGGGAAACUUCUCCCUUUCCAAUUCACCUGUUCUUCUACAGAAAUGAGAGCUCUCGCUCCCCUGCUGCGCUCAGCCGUCAACAUUGCCCUGACUGGUCGCUGUCAGCUGCUGGACCCUUCCUUCGCCGCCGCCAAAUCCCUCUCCACCAGCGCUGCUGCUACGUCCAAGCCGGAUGAUGACUUCGCACGGCGUAUCUUCGAAAACGUGGAUGAAGGAAGCUUCUUCCGCAGGCUCAGCAAGUUGCAGAACGCGCUGCACCAGCGGCAGCCGUCGCCCGCAGCGGUAGUGAGCGAAGGAGGUGCGGAGGAUGGCGGAAGUUACAAUACUUUGCAAGACGGGAUGGAUCAGAAGUUGAAGAACGUCGCCGCGGCCUUCGAUUCAAUUGAUGGUGGCGAGAACUCCACAGCCAACAAACAGGAUCUCGGUGGUUUCCGGCCGAACCCGAGCUUGUACCCUAGCUCGUACAAUAACUCAAGGCAACAACGGCCAUACAAACCGCGGCCAAGAUAUGAAUUCAAAGUAACUACCGAGGAAGUUCUGCAAAAGGCCGAUUUCAGGAAUGUUAGGUUCCUUGCCAACUUUAUAACAGAGGCUGGAAUCAUUGUCAAGAGGAGUAAGACUGGUAUAAGUGCCAAAGCCCAGAGGAAAAUUGCAAGGGAGAUUAAAACAGCUCGAGCUUUCGGACUAUUGCCUUUCACAACUAUGGGGACAAAAUCAUUUGUCUUUGGCCAAACUAUGGAGGAAGCAGCUCCUGUAUCAAACCUUCCUGCUUACUAGUAGCUAUAGCUGCUAAUGGGAUUAGAACAAUCCUUCUUGCCUUGAUCCCCCCAACAAAUAAUUGUUGGGGCAUGUUCAUAUGCAAGCGUUGUUUGUUCAUUUCUUUGGUUUAGUUUAGGGCGAGGUUGAGGGGUUCGAGUCAUCGUAACUUUUUAGAGAGAUAAUAUCCUUUGUGUACUUGUGCAACUCUGAGUUCAAUGGCCACUUUGAUAUAGGUAAAGGGAAAACUUAUGCUAUCCAGACCCUUGACAUUUUCAGGCAUUUGCAUUGAAAAUUUCAUUUCUGUGUGCUUUCAUGAUACUAGAGUUGCUUGUUUUUAUUCAGUGCACUCUGAAAUCCGGCCGAUUUGAUGUAGUACCAAAUGAAAUAUUAAGAAAAUAUUGCAUAGUAG